AUGAUCAAAGGGUGCGCGGCCAUGAAGAUGAUCAAAGGUCCUUGUGUUCGCCGGGGAAGGAUGGCAGGCCCGGUCCAGAGCAUCACCCGGGCGGAGAUCGACCGUUUCUGGAGGAGAAAGAAGCUGGAGGAAGAGGAACGCCGGCUCGAUGACGAGAAGGAGGCUGCAAGGAUCAAACUCAAGACUCUCAAGCAAGAAGAUUACAUGCUUUUUGUACAAAGGAUAGACGGGAUUAUAGACGAGAAAGCAGAGACAAGCGAGAUGAUGGAGGAGGGAGAGAUCGCCAGGAACAUUGAGAUACAAAUUGGCAUCAAGCAUUGGUGGAGGAAGAGCAGCUGCGCAUAUCUAAAUGAACCAGCAGUAGCAUCCGUUGAUGAUAACAGCAGUUGGAAGGCGAACACCGGAUAUAUUCCGCAGAAGAUACAAUUUAGGUGCUCCCAGCCAGCACUUUACCAGAUGAACGUGGCUGCUUUUGGGAUCUUCUAA